ACGUUAAAAUAAUUUAAUAACAUUACUAUGAAUUUUAAUAUGGCAUCUCCAUUAGUGAUGACCAUAGAGAAAAUGUGAUGACGUUUGUUUCCCUGUCUGAAUAAGCGAGGUGUACAGUGUCGGAGUUUGUUUUUUAUUCGACAAUUAUUCGAAGAAUUUAAAAGACACUGUUGUACGAUUAUGAGGAAUGCAAUCUCCUGUGUAUACGAUUUAUGAUAAUCUUGGCCGGUAAUCACUUGACGAGAACACCGAAACUUCACGUCAUGUCGCUCACGUUUGCAGUUUGCGCAUUAUUUCUAUUGACACCUAUUACAGCAUUUUAUUUGCCGGGCUUGGCUCCAGUAAACUAUUGCAAAGCUGGAGAAGACAAUGGGAAAUCAUGCAAGAAUGAGAUACCUCUGUAUGUAAAUAGACUAAAUACGGAGGAAUCAGUCAUACCAUUUGAGUAUCAUCAUUUUGAUUUCUGUCUCUCUGAUGAGACACAAUCUCCAGUUGAAAAUCUCGGACAAGUGGUAUUUGGCGAACGAAUCAGACCUAGUCGGUACAAACUAGAAUUUCUAAAAAAUGUAGAAUGUAAUGUUGUAUGUAAGAAAGAAUAUAAAGCUUCAAAUCCUGAGGAUGUGAAGAAGUUGAACUUGCUGAAAAUGGGUAUGGCAUUAUAUUACCAGCAUCAUUGGAUCCUUGAUAAUAUGCCAGUAACAUGGUGUUACUUGGUAAACGAAGGUGGGAAGACAUACUGUAGCACUGGCUUUCCAAUGGGAUGUCAGGUGCGACGAGAUAUGGAUACAUGUACACCUAUAGUAAGUGUUACCCCUGAUCAAAUUGGCUCCUACUUCCUCUUCAACCAUGUUGACCUGGAGAUCACAUAUCAUAGUGGAGGUGAAGAAGAGUGGGGAGUGGGCUUUGGAGACAACGGUGGACGCAUCAUAUCAGCUAAGGUUAAACCUGCCAGUAUUGACCACCAGAAAAUGAGCAAGCCUGACUGCAGCGCCCGUCAUGUUCCACUUAAAAUACCCCUGUAUUUCAAUGGAGAGGAAACAUUCAGUAUAUCCUACACAUACAGUGUCACAUUCAUCAAGAACAACACCAUCAAAUGGUCUUCCCGCUGGGACUAUAUAUUAGAAUCAAUGCCACAGACAAAUAUUCAAUGGUUUUCCAUAUUGAACUCUUUGGUGAUUGUUUUGUUCCUCAGUGGAAUGGUAGCAAUGAUUUUGUUAAGGACUCUACACAAAGAUAUAGCGAGAUACAAUCAGAUGGAGUGCGGGGAGGAUGCUCAGGAGGAAUUUGGAUGGAAAUUGGUCCAUGGUGACGUUUUUAGACCACCACGUCGCGGCAUGCUGCUUGCUGUUUUCUUAGGAUCAGGCUCACAGGUGUUCGGCAUGACGUUGGUGACGCUCGCGUUCGCUUGCCUCGGUUUCCUGUCGCCCGCUAACCGCGGCGCGCUGAUGACGUGCGCGCUGGUAGCGUGGGUGCUGCUGGGCGCGGCCGCUGGAUACGUCAGCGCUAGGAUCUACAAGAGCUUCGGCGGGCGACGGUGGAAGAGCAACAUACUCCUCACUUCUAUGGUGUGCCCGGGCGUGGUGUUCUCCCUGUUCUUCGUGAUGAACUUGGUGCUGUGGGGCAAGGGGUCGUCGGCGGCGGUGCCGUUCUCCACGCUGGUGGCGCUGCUCGCGCUCUGGUUCGGGGUGUCCGUGCCGCUCACCUUCAUCGGUGCUUACUUCGGAUUUAGAAAGAGGAUUCUCGACCAUCCGGUGAGAACGAACCAGAUCCCGCGUCAGAUUCCCGAGCAGUCGUUGUACACACAGCCCAUCCCUGGAAUCGUGAUGGGCGGAGUGUUGCCAUUCGGAUGCAUCUUCAUACAGCUAUUCUUCAUCCUAAACUCUUUAUGGUCUAGCCAGAUGUACUACAUGUUCGGUUUCCUGUUCCUCGUGUUCGUGAUCUUAGUAAUCACGUGCUCGGAGACAACCAUCCUGCUCUGCUACUUCCAUCUGUGCGCUGAAGAUUACCACUGGUGGUGGCGAGCCUUCCUCAGCGCUGGUUCUACUGCAGGAUACCUGUUCAUAUAUUGCUGCCACUACUUCGUUACUAAACUGAACAUUGAAGAUGCUGCUUCUACCUUCCUCUAUUUUGGCUACACCCUCAUCAUGGUGUUCCUGUUCUUCUUACUCACAGGCACCAUAGGAUUCAUGGCCUGCUUCUGGUUCGUCAGGAAGAUCUAUAGUGUUGUCAAAGUGGAUUAGUGUAGUGUUGAAUGUGAGCUCGUUGGUGCAGCGGUGUUAAGUUUUGCUUAAUCGUUCCAUCGGUAAUCUGUAUGAUGAUCAUAUGGAACUCGGAUUCUAUCCGUGGAGCAGUUCGAUACUCCGGGUAGACCUGUGAGACUGCUGUAUGCGAUGUGAUUUUUAAUUGUAUAAAACUUAUUUAUAUCCAAAAUAAAUUGUUAGUCAUUAUCAGUUCUCCCGUUUGCUUUUUCGUAUUUUUUAAUUAUUAAUUUUAUUAGUUGUUAGUUGUAUUGUAAAUAAGUUUUUAAGAACGAUUAGGUGUUUAAACUUUGAUUUAUAUGCGAGAAUAAUAAACAGUACUAAUAACAACAAUAGUACUUAUUGAAACACAAUUAUUUCUAAGUGGCAUUUGACCUUGAAUAACUGACAACACAGACCAAUGGAAAGUUUGGGCAAUUUUUGGAAACUGUC